AUGUCUCUUUCUACUUUUGACUCUAUCAAUUCUCCCUCUCCUCCCGCGGCCAACUCCCCUUCUCUACUCAACAUGCACGACCUCCCACAGCAGCUCAUUCCUAACAUCGUCAGCCAGCAUGCCGUGCAAAAUCCAGAGAAACUGUACGCCUCAAUUCCAGCUGACAACGACGAUCUAAGUAAAGGGUUUCGCGAUAUCACCUACCGCGAAUUCCGCAGCGCUAUCGAUACGGCUGCCUACUGGCUCGAGGAGCAACUGGGUGUUCCUGCGCAGGGGAGUUUUCCGACAUUUGCAUAUUAUGGAGCGCGUGACUUGAGAUAUGCUAUUUUUCUGGUCGCGGCGAUGAAGCUUGGCUACAAGAUGCUCUCCCCUUCCAUGCUCUGCGCUGUCGACGCCCAUGUCUAUCUGGUCAAGGCGAGCGAUUGCACAGUCUUCCUAUGCAGCUCAUCAAACCUACCUCUCGGCCACAAGAUUCAAGCCACGACGCAGUCACCAUCGCAGCUUUUUGUCGUCCCGGAACUGCUCGAGUUAUUGCCGGUGCAUCAUGACUCUCCUCUCCAUGAGUCGCCUGUCUACCCGUACAACAAGACAUGGGAUGCGACCUGCGACGAACCUUGUCUGAUUGUCCACACUAGCGGUUCGACUGGUAUGCCCAAAGUGGUUGUGUAUACGCAUCGUAUGCUGGCAGCUCCUGAUCGCCUCCGGCUACUCCCCCCGUAUCAGAACUGCCCGUCAAUGCUCGGCGAGAUGAUCGGGCGGAGGAUUUUUACUACUAUUCCUGUUUUCCAUCUCCUCGGAUACGCCGGCUUCCUCGUCACCCCAAUUUACCUCGAUGUUGUCGGCAUCAUGGCUCCUCCAGACAAGACAAUCACAGCUGACCUCGCAGACCAAAUUCACCGAUACGCUCGGUUAGACGGAGGUCUCUACCACCCUUCCCUCCUGGAAGACCUCGUUCGCUCGGAGCAGAAACGCGAGCAGUUCGGCCACCUCAAGGUAGUCUUCUACAGUGGGUCACCGCUCGAAAACAUGACUGGAGAAUGGCUCUCGUCUAGAUUUGGCUGCGUCCGCAAUAUAAUUGGCAGCACCGAGGGCUUUAGCUGGCCGGCAUUGAGGGUCAUUGACCCCGUUGUAGACUGGAAUUAUACGCACUUUUUCCCCAUCAAGGGUCUGAACUUUGUCUCUGUCGGAAUAGAUGGCGCGUAUGGCGUCGACGGCGACCUGUUCGAGCUGAUCGUCGAGCGCACGCCAGAUACCGAAAAGUUUACCAAUUUCUUCCACGCGCGACCAGAUGAGCGCGAAUGGCGCACAAAGGAUCUGUGGAAGCCGCAUCCCAACCCAGCAAUGUCCGGACACUGGCUGUACCAGGGCCGCACCGACGAUUUGGUUGUGUUGAGUGGAGAGAUCAAAAUGUACGCGUCUGGCGUCGAAGACAAAAUCUCCAGCCACCCUCUCAUCCGGUCUGCUCUCGUCGGCGGCAAGCAACGCAAAUGGCCGUUUUUGCUGCUGGAGCUGGUUGACCAACCUAUUGGCGAUCUUGCCGAGCAGCAGCGUAUUCUCGAGCAGGAUAUUUGGCCGUGGGUUGAUGAAAUCAACAAGGAGAGUACUCACGACUCGGUCCGGUUGCGACUGUCGCUUGCACUGAUUGCUGAUGCUGCGAGGCCGUUUGUGCGUCUGGCAAAGGGGUCGCUUGCGAGGAACCCCACACUAGAACUAUACAAGGAGGAUGUCGACAGGUUGUACGCAGAGGUAGACGCGUGA